CAAGAGUUUUUAUUUCCUCAUUAUUGUCAGUUCUUACUUCUUAGGGUUUUAGCUUUCUCUCUUGUCUCUUCUCAGAAAAAAAAAUGGCGGCAAUUUCUAGGGUUUUUGGAGGGUUCAGGACACUGAUGGCGAAGGCGGCGACUGCUGAGGCCGUUACUGUCGCUGGAGCUGCUGGUAAAGAAGGAAAAGGGGUGUUCAAGGUGUUCACAGUCUCGCAGCCGUUGGCUAGUUUCGCCGGAGAAAGCCAACUCACUCGUGGUACCGCCGUGAAGAAGGUUUGGGAGUAUGUUAAGCUUCACAAUCUCCAGAAUCCGGCGAACAAGAGGGAGAUACACUGCGAUGCUAAGUUGAAGACGAUUUUCGAUGGAAAAGACAAAGUUGGAAUCACAGAGGUCAUGAAGCUCCUGUCACCACAUUUUCCCAAAUCUGUUUGAUUUGGUGAGGUUUAUCUAACGUAGUUAUCCUAUCUGAAAAAAAUGGUUUGGCUUUUUGUGGUUCAAUUCGGGUUGUAUAUGAAAAACUCUCUAGACCCGUUUGAGCUUUUGGUAUGUUAACAAACCAAGAAACAAAACUCUCUUUUGAUCCCUAUAUUCUGGAGAAUACUAUGAUGUAGUUUGACAAGUUUAUCGUAAUGUCGUAUUUUGUGAAACGUUUAUCUCUUAAUCUUGGUUUUGA